AUGGGUAGACGAGAUUAUACAACAACAAAACAAAAAGUGGCUGAUCAACCUCGAUAUAUUACCAUGGCAUUUUACAAGUUUCAUGACAUUCCAGCAUCUACUUUACCAGAGUUACGAUCAACACUCUUACAGGAUUUGGGAGCACUUGGUGUGGUAGGUCGGAUCUAUAUUUCCACUGAAGGUAUCAACGCUCAAAUGUCAUGUCCUGAUCAUGGUGUGGAAGCACUUCGAGAUUAUUGUACCUCUUCUAUUGCACCUCUCUUGGGCGGCGAACUGAUGGAUUUGAAUAUAGCAACACAAGGUGAUAGUGCUGCUUUUCGUGCACUACAUGUACGUAUCCGAAAACAAUUGGUAGCAGAUGGUUUGGACCCUACAACCUAUGAUUUGAAGAAUACUCCCUCACAUCUUUCUCCCAAGGAUUGGCAUGAAAAAUUGGUCAAUUACAAGGAAAUACAUGGUAAGGAGCCAGUGUUGAUUGAUAUGCGAAAUCAUUAUGAAAGUAAUAUUGGAUUCUUUGAAGGCGCUAUUCGACCGGAUGCUGAUACUUUCAGGGACAGUAUCACAGCCAUGAAUGAAAUAUGUAAGGACCUACCACGAGAUCAAGAAAUAUUUAUGUAUUGUACAGGAGGAAUUCGAUGCUCAAAAGCUGGUGCUAUUCUUCAAUCACAAUCUGGAUUUGACAAGGUACAUCUGGUGGAAGGUGGAAUCACAGCAUAUGGACGAUGGAUUCAAGAUCAAGAACACUUACAAUCGAUUUUCCGAGGCAAAAAUUUUACAUUUGAUGGACGCAUGGGGGAAACGAUUACGGAUGAAAUCACUGGUACCCAAUGUCAUAUUUGUCCAGUUUUGGUUGAUGGUGUACGUGCUUAUGUGAAGGAAGGACAUACAUUGGAGGAAAGCAAACGACAUGAUCGUGUGGUGAUUGGUACUAGUGGCAAAGCUUGUGAACAUGAAUAUCAUCGUCGAACUCGCGCUAUCGAGGUUCUUGGGCAACCUGGUCAAGUAUUACAAGAAUGGGCCAAGGCUGGAAGACAAUUACCCCCUUCUCCCACUACGUCGUCAUAA